UGUGAUUGAAUUUGUAUUAUAACGAUAAAUAAACGGAAAAUAUUAAUAGAAUUUAUUAUUAAAAAUCCUUAUUCUGGAUUAGUAUCAUCAUUGUUUAUUAUUAUCAUUUGUAAAUCUAUCACAAACCAAAACCUAACAGCAUUUAAACAACGAAAAACAAGACAAACAAACAAACAAAUCUAAGUAAACAACGAGAGUCUCCACCUCAUCAAAUUGAUUUUUUUUCCAUUUCAUUUGUGAUUUUUAUAAACUAUUUUCGGAUCAAGUUUCAAUCAUCUCAAUCAAUCCAUUAAUCUUUAUUCUUGAUCUCAAUCAAAUCAUUCAUUCAUUCAAUUUUUUUUGAUGAAAAUUCAAUUUUGUUUUUCAAUUCUCUACGAAAAUCUUAGAUUUUGAUUGAAAAUUUUAUUUGUUUUCAAGAAAUUUUGUUAAUAUUCGACUAGAAAAUUAUUAAUAAUAAUGGCUAAUACGUUACCAUUUCAUAAAAUUAUUAUGGUCGGUGCUGGUGGUGUUGGAAAAUCAGCCCUUACAUUACAAUAUAUGUAUAAAGAGUUUGUUACGGAUUAUGAACCCACCAAGGCUGAUUCUUAUCGUACUAAUGCUAAAGUUGAUGGCCAAGAAGUAAAUGUUGAUAUAUUGGAUACAGCUGGCCAAGAAGAUUAUGCUGCCAUACGUGAUAAUUAUUUUCGUUCAGGCGAAGGUUUUAUGUGUGUAUUUUCGAUAACUGAACAUGAAAGUUUUGCCGCUAUCGCUGAUUUUCGUGAACAAAUUUUACGCGUUAAAGGCGAUGGUAAUAUACCAAUGAUAUUGGUUGGUAAUAAAGCCGAUCUACAUGGUGAUCGUAAAGUAAAAUUUGAAGAAGCACAAAUGUUGGCUACACAAUGGUCGGUACCAUAUAUUGAAACAUCGGCUAAAUUAUAUACAAAUGUUGAUGAAUGUUUUGAUCAAUUAUUACGUGCAAUUCAUCAAAGUAAAGAACAAUCAUUGGAUAAUGGUAAACAACGUAAAACAAAAAAUAAACGUAAAGGUUUAUUGAAAGGUAUCAGAAAAAAUUGUAUCAUCCUAUGAAAUUUUAUAAAUGAAAUGAUCGUAAACGUUUUUCACUACAUACUUAAUCUUAAUUUUAAGAAAAAAUAUAUAACCAAUAACUUUUUCAAAGAUAUUGAAUUUUGUUUCGUUUUUUUUCUCCUUAUAAAUAUAUCUUAUCCUAUUGAUCGAUAUCGAUAAUCUUUGUUUA